CUGCAAGCUUUACAACACACAAAGAGAGAGAGAGAGAGAGAGAGAGAGAGAGAGAAAUGGAGAAGAAGAGCAGGGUUCUUGUGGUGGGGGGAACAGGCUACCUGGGAAGAAGAAUAGUGAAGGCAAGCAUAGCCGAAGGACACCCAACCUUCGUGCUGAAUCGACCGGAGAUCGGACUCGAUAUAGAGAAGGUUCAGAUGCUUCUGUCUUUCAAACAGAAAGGUGCUCGGCUUGUUGAAGGAUCUUUCAACGAUCACCGGAGCCUCGUCGACGCCGUCAAGCAGGUCGACGUCAUCAUAUGCGCUAUCUCCGGCGUGCAUUUUAGGAGCCAUGAAAUCCUCCUCCAGCUCAAGCUUGUUGAGGCCAUCAAAGAGGCUGGUAACAUCAAGAGAUUCCUGCCCUCUGAGUUUGGGACAGACCCAGCAAGAAUGGGGCAUGCCUUAGCUCCAGGAAGUGUGACAUUUGAUGAGAAGAUGGUAGUGAGGAAAGCAAUAGAAGAAGCUAAUAUCCCCUUCACAUAUAUCUCUGCUAACUGCUUCAUGGGAUACUUUGUUGGUGGCCUUUGCCAACUUGGAAUGAUCAUUCCUUCAACUGAAAGUGUAAGCUUAUAUGGAGAUGGCAAUGUUAAAGCUGUUUUCGUCGACGAAGACGACAUUGCAUUGUACACUAUAAAGACAAUUGAUGACAAACGCACACUGAACAAAACUGUGUACAUCAGACCACCACAGAACAUCCUCUCACAAAAACAAGUAGUCAUGGCAUGGGAGGAGCUCAUUGGGAAGGAGCUUAAGAAGACCAGCAUUUCAGAAGAGGAUUUUCUCUCUAGCAUCAAAGAUCAGGAGUAUGCACAGCAGGUGGGAGUGGCACAUUUCUAUCAUUUCUUUUAUGAGGGCUGCUUGACCAAUUUUGAGAUAGGUGAGGAGGGAGAGGAGGCGUCUCAGUUAUAUCCAGAGGUUGCAUACACUCGAGUUAGGGAUUAUCUCAAACGUUUUGUGUGAUUCUGUAAUUGCAAACUGGACAUUAUAUAAGUCUUGUACUUUAAACUUUUGUUUGGGAUAGCUUUUU